AUGCAUCUCUUCCCUCUCACAAUCACCCUCCUCCUCUCCUCUCUCACUCUCACAUCCGCCCUUCCCACCACCACCACAUCCAAAAUCCACAAAAUAGAUACCCACUACAACUCCACACGCGCCAUUUUCCCUCUACCUCGCUAUGACACAAAGACAGGGAAGAUAGAGAGUCGCAACCCGUUUAACCCAAAGUCGAAUGCUUGCCGAAUUUCGAUGUAUAGGGAUUUGUAUAAUCAGUAUCAUUGUGAUACUGAAUGCCACAACGACUACUUCCUCGUCGAAGAAGUCGUCGUCGCGGACAACAACUCCAACGAGCGCUACGCCACCUUUCCCGGCCUCCCCGCCAACGGCCAAUGGCGCUUCCAAUCCCUCGAUGGUCAUCGCGGCUUUCAAGUCUUCCUGAAGUAUCAGAGUUCGCAGGAUUGGUAUGGGUUUAGGGAGGCGUAUUUACAUCUUGAGGGGCAUAAGAGUGGGGAUGAUAGAGACAUGAUACACGGCGGCGACUGCUACUACGACGGCGGCUCUGAACUCUGGGGCCAGAAAGGCAGGGCACAUUGUUUCCUGUGGUGCGAUCAGUUGAAUUGGUAAUAUACCUUAACGUUUGUCCACAGCGAAGUAGUCAGUCCCUGCUCGUCUGUAUGAUACAGAUAGAGGAACAGUCCUGAAAGGAAAGGAGAGGAAGGAGAAGAAAUCAAACAAGGGCAGGGGGGAGGGGAGAAAGAUGUGUGAUGCUGAUCUUAUAAAUGUCGAAUGUCGAAUUUUAAGUGAUGGAGGUAGAUAAGGUCGUACGGAGUUGAGGUCACGACUUAACAAAGCUGCAAGGAG